AUGGACGACAUAUUGGCCGCAGCUGCGAAGCUGCAGGAGCAAUACAAGCACCUGCAGGAACGCAACAGCCGACUCACUGCUGCGCUGGAAGAUAAGUCGAAGAAGCUGCAGGCCUUGCACCAAAGCGUCGAGCAGCGAGGGAAAGACCUGGCCGCACUUGAACUACAGGCGCACCACAAGUUCGCCGAAGAGCUGCGCCUGCGAGCCGGGAGCAGGGUCAAGCUCGACGUCGGGGGCGUCCACUUCACCACGAGCCUUACCACGCUCAUGACCGAACCCGACUCUAUGCUCGCCGCCAUGUUCAGCGGCCGCCACGAGCUCGAGAAGGACGACGACGGCCGGGUGUUCAUCGACCGCGACGGGGAGCUGUUCAACUAUGUUCUUCAGUACCUUCGCGAGGGGGAGCUGGACCUGUUUCAACUCCCCUCGGGCGUCAAGCAACGGCUCAAGCGCGAGGCCGCCUUCUACUGCCUCCCCAAGCUCGAGGAGAAACUAGGGUCCGACGCCGAGGCCAAGGCCCUUCCAGGCAGUGUUCAUUUGGCAGUACUGGUUUACUACGGCCCUGGCGUUGAGCCUCGCUUCAUCACCCAAGGCGACCCUUUACACCUCGCCGACAGAUUCCCGAAACUGCAGGGGUCUUAUCCUGACCAAAGUGUGGUACGCGAGCUCUGGAGAACCCGCGUCCUGCCGGUCAUUCUUGAGUCUUAUCACAAUUACCACCUGAUCUCUGUCGAGAAGGAGAGUCCGUAUUAUUGGGAGGUGCACCUCAAUCGAAUUGUGCCUUGA